AUGAAUUCCACAGCCUUGGCCAACUGUGGUGAUGAUUCGUUCGGCCCCAGCGUCAGCUCCCAGGACUGUCGCGGCGGCUUCGACCUCACCUUGUUAUUCGAAGAGAGCAUAUUGGCAAUUUUGCCAGCCGCAAUCUUUCUUCUCGUCACGCCCUUUCGCGCUUCUCGUUUGGUUCGCCAAACACGCAAACUAAAGCUCAAUGCUCUGUACGCGGCCAAAUUAUUGGCGACGGCAGUCUACGUGGGCCUACAGCUUACGUUGCUCGUGCUGUCAAGUGACUCCAGCAUUCGCACCCACGCCACGAUAGCCGCAGCAUCCCUGACCUUUGUUUCUGCGCUGAUGCUUGCGCCUCUGUCGCAUCUCGAGCAUGGAAAAUCUUCCCGGCCAUCAUUUCUCAUCAGCUUCUACCUUGGGUUUACUGCCAUCUUGGAUAUAGCCCGUGUUCGCACACAAUGGUUCCUGCCAAACAAUCGCAGCGUCGCUGCAGUUUUGACUGUGUCACUAAUUGUCAAAUGCCUUCUCUUGACAUUGGAAGAAAUGGGAAAGCGAUCGCUUCUACCCGGCACGAGGAGCGGCAACAUCUCGCUUGAAAGCACGAGCGGCCUCUUCAACCGCAGCACAUUCUGGUGGCUCAAUUCAUUAUUAUUACAAGGGUCCAAGAACAUCCUAGACACUGAUGCGCUGCCUCCGAUCCGAGAGAAGCUUGCAUCAAACAGGUUGGGCGAGACCUUGCAGUCCAACUGGAAGAAUUGCAAUCAGAAUAGAAGACACGCUUUGGCCUGGGCGUGUACCUGGGGGUUUCGAUAUGAGAUAAUGUUGAUUGCGGUUCCCAAGUUUUGCUACGUCGCACUGAGUCUCAGUCAGACGUUCCUGAUUCGGCAAAUGGUCACAUGGGUCCAGAACAGCGAUGCUGCCUCCUCGAAUAACACCGGCUAUGGUCUAAUUGGUGCUUUUGCCUUUGUAUACAUUGGUUUAGCUUUGACCAUGGGCUGGGCAUCGCAUCUGACCUAUCGUUUGAUGACCAUGAUGCGCGGUUCGCUCAUCACCAUCAUCUAUGACAAGAUGGCAACGCUCCCAAUGGCUAGCAGCAAUGACUCGGCUGCGAUGACCUUAAUGGGAACAGACGUGGCAAGAAUUGCAGAGACAUACAAUUUCUUGUUGAUUGACGCACCCCCAGCUCUCGUUCAACUUGGAAUAGCGCUGUAUCUGUUGUACUCUCAGCUAGGUGCAGUGUGUAUCGCCCCCAUUAUCGUUACAAUUCUCUCCACAGGACUCUCAACUCAACUUGCUGGACUUAUUGGACCACGACAAAAAGCAUGGAUCCAAACCAUGCAAAAGAGAAUCAACUUUACAUCCGAGAUUUUGGGAUUCAUGACUAAUAUUAAGAUGCUCGGACUUGCCAAUAAAAUGGCCUCCAACAUUCGCGAUAUGCGACAGGAUGAGAUGGAAACAUCAAAAAAGUUCAGAACAGUACAGAGUCUAAAUAUUUCUUUAGUCAACAUCCCACCAAGCUUCAAUCGAUUUUUCAUCUUUGCGGCUUACGCAAUAGUUGCUCAUGUCAACGGUACUGGCGAUCUGUCAGUAGCACAAGCGAUCACGGCUUUGGCAGCUCUGUCACUGCUUAGCACUCCAUUGUCGACGCUUCUUGUAGCAAUACCGACAGGUUGGGGUGCCCUGAGUUGCUUCACUAGGAUUCAAGAAUUCCUUGUCGAAGAGUCGCGCAUUGACCCGCGAUCGACAUACUCUGCCAUGUCAGGAAGCUGGGAACAAACAGAGACUCAGCCCAGUAACAGUCUGCUGCAGGCCGCCAAGAUCCGCGUGAAUCAUGCGAGUUUCGGCUGGUCCGCCUCAAAGCCGGACGUCGUGAGAGAUGUCACCAGUUCAAUCAAAGGUGAGGCGGUGCUAACCAUUGUCAUUGGCCCGGUCGGCUGUGGUAAGUCUACUUUGCUCAAGGGCCUCCUUGGCGAGAGUGCCCGAGCCUCAGGGUCGGUUCAUGUCUCGUCGCUCGAAAUCGCCUACUGCGACCAGACGCCAUGGAUCAGCAACUGUUCAAUCCGUGAAAACAUCAUUUUCGGCUCCGAGUUUGAUGCAAACUGGUACAAUACUGUACUUCAGGCUUGUACGCUACACGUUGAUGUAGCCGAUAUGCCAGGAGGCGAUUCGGUUAUUGUAGGCAGCAAGGGCGUCAAGCUUAGUGGAGGCCAGAAGCAGCGUUUGUCAAUCGCUCGUGCUCUAUACUCCCGAAAGAAACUCGCAAUACUUGAUGAUGUGUUCAGUGGCCUAGAUUCAGCUACAGAGGAUUCGGUUUUCCGAGGCGUGUUUGGGCGAGAUGGCCUUUUCAAGAAAAUUGGGACAACUGUCAUCUUGGCCACACAUUCUGUCAAGCAUAUUCCCCAUGCCGACUUCAUUAUUGCUCUGAAUAGCUCGGGAGAGUUGGUCGAACAAGGCUCCUUCAUCGAGCUAAAUGUUCCUGGAACGUACACAUACGGUCUUCAGGUAAAGGUUGAGCGGGGUCUUGCUGAUAAGGAGCACGGCAACAAGGAGACUGUCACAAACAAUAAGCCCGAGGCCGCACCUGCGACCAAAGAGAGCGCUUCAGAUGAGAGCCGCCAGACAGGUGACUGGACAGUAUACAAAUACUAUAUGCAGGCACUGGGUCCCAUGAAGUUGUUAAUCUUUGUGCUCCUAGUAGUCUCGUAUUCCGUGGUUAAUGCCAUGGGAAGUGUUUGGGUUAAUUGGUGGGCAUCGAGCAACGAGACCAGUACUGAUACAAGACUCGGAUACUGGUUGGGAAUCUUUGGAUUCCUGAGUUUCAUGGAGGUGCUGCUCAUGACCGCUGCAAUCGCCUUCCUAUGGAUCGUCAUUGUCCCGAACUCCGGAUCUUCCUUGCACAAGGCACUACUUGGAGCUGUAAUGAGUGCACCACUUUCAUUCUUUUCCAAGACUGACACAGGAGUCUUGACGAACAGGUUUAGCCAAGACCUUCGCCUUGCUGACAUGACUCUUCCUGGAUCUAUUAUCAAUGUCACCUUCCAGUUCGCAGGUUGCGGUGUCGUGAUUGCACUUGCUGUCUCUGCUGUUGGCUACUUUGCUGCGGUCUUACCGUUUAUACUCGUGACGCUGUACUUUAUUCAGAGAUUCUACCUCCGAACAUCUCGACAGUUGAGAUUGCUCGAGCUAGAGGCAGCGGCGCCACUUUUCACACACUUUACCGAGUCUUUGGACGGUUUGACUACAAUCAGGUCCUUUGGGUGGACUGCCGUCUUUGCAGAAAAGAGCCGGCAUUUACUUGACCGUUCGCAGAAGCCGUAUUAUCUCCUCUUUUGUAUCCAGAGGUGGCUUGUUCUCGUGCUGGACCUGAUCGUGGCCUGUCUCGCUAUUAUACUUGUUGGCUUAGCUGUCGCUCUCCACACCCGCGUGGACCCUGGAUUGCUGGGUAUUGCCUUGGUCAACAUGAUAUCGCUCUCACACUCCUUGACGAGCCUUGUGCAAUAUUGGACCAUGCUUGAAACCUCGCUUGGCGCCAUCGCGCGGAUCAAGAACUUUGCCGAGGAGACUCCGGCGGAGAAGUCGCCCUCCGAGCAAAAAAGGGAGCCCAGUGCAACGUGGCCCGAAACUGGCGCUUUGAGGUUUCAGCAUGUACAUGCAAGCUACAGCGAAGAAUUGUCGCCCGUCAUUCAAGAUGUCAGCUUUUCCAUCAAAGGGGGCGAAAAGCUCGGCAUUGUGGGAAGGACCGGAAGCGGCAAGAGCUCAUCAAUACUUGCUAUCUUACGUAUGAUCGAUGUGGUCUCUGGUGAAAUUAUUCUUGAUGACAUCGACCUUGCGGGCGUAGACGGAUCCGUUAUUCGACAGAAGCUAAACUGCUUGACUCAAGACCCAUUCUUAUUCCCGGGUACGCUGCGGGACAACAUGAAGCCGGUAGAUGAGGUGACGGAUGAAGCGAUCAUCUCUGCCUUGCAGAAAGUUGAUCUGUGGACGCUCAUCGAGAACAAGGCUGGCGACAACGUUUCGGCGGGAUCUGGCGUGUUGGACUACACAAUAGAUAAGGAUUUCCUCUCCCAUGGCCAGCGCCAACUGUUCUGUCUUGCCCGGGCCAUGCUCAAGCCUGGUAGGGUGCUGAUCCUAGAUGAGCCUACCAGCAGUGUUGACCUCGAGACAGACGCCAAGAUGCAGGAGAUUAUCCGCGCCGAGUUCAAGGAUCAUACUAUUAUCGUGAUUGCCCACAGGUUAUCUAGUAUACUGGAUUUUGACCACGUUGCGGUGCUAGAUGCGGGUCAUCUCGUGGAAUUUGGAAAGCCAGCAGAUUUGUUAGAAAUUCCCACUAGCAAUUUCACCAGGCUAUAUGGUGGAAGGGCCCAGUGA